GGGGUCGGGACACCCCCUGCCAGGCCCCCCAACGCAAUCCUUGAACCGGGAUUGGUUGAGCCUAGAUCCCCCUAGAUGAAGAAAAAGGCACGGAGCCGAAACAAAGAGUCCAGAUCCUGCAAGCUCCGUGUGUUGGAGGAGCGGUGUGAAGCCACAGGGAGAGGAGUUCAGCCAGAGCCCAGGCGGAGGCCGUGGAGGCAACAGCCGCUGGAGUGAGUGAUCGAGAGCAGAUCUGGGGACAGGCCGGACUGCCCCUACUAGACCAGACUCUUCGCCCCCCAUGCCCUGCCGCCCUCACGAUGCCGAACUGUCCGCCUUGGCGGCUGCUACUGCUGCUCUCGUGGUGGGGUCCGCUGCUCCCGAGGGCGGAGACAGGCUCUGAAGGGCAGACGGCGGAGGAGCUGUACCAGCGCUGGGAAAGGUACCGCAGAGAGUGCCAAGAGACACUGGAGGCCUUGGACCCCCCGGCAGGCCUCGCCUGUAACGCGUCCUUCGAUAUGUACGUCUGCUGGGACUACGCUGCCCCCAACGACACUGCCCGUGCGUCCUGCCCCUGGUACCUGCCCUGGCACCGUCAUGUGGCUACAGGCUUUGUCCUCCGCCAGUGUGGCAGUGAUGGCCAAUGGGGACCUUGGAGAGAUCAUUCGCAGUGUGAGAACCCAGAAAAGAAUGGGGCCUUUCAGGAUCAAAAGCUGAUUUUGGAGCGGAUGCAGGUCAUGUACACAGUGGGCUACUCCCUGUCCCUGGCCACACUGCUGCUAGCCCUGCUCAUCUUAAGUUUCUUCAGGAGGCUGCGCUGCACUCGAAACUACAUCCACAUCAACCUGUUCACGUCUUCCAUGCUGCGGGCGGCGGCCAUCCUCACCCGAGACCGUCUGCUACCUCCACCUGGCCCCUACCCUGGGGACCAGGCCCCUGUCCUGUGGAACCCGGACCUAGCUGCCUGCCGCACGGCCCAGAUCGUGACCCAGUACUGCGUGGGUGCCAACUACACUUGGCUGCUGGUGGAGGGUGUCUACCUACACAGUCUCCUGGUGCUUGUGGGAGGUUCCGAGGGGGGCCACUUCCGCUGCUACCUGCUUCUCGGCUGGGGGGCCCCCGCGUUUUUCGUCAUUCCCUGGGUGAUCGUCAGGUACCUGUACGAGAACACGCAGUGCUGGGAGCGGAAUGAUGUCAAGGCCAUUUGGUGGAUCAUACGCACCCCUAUCCUCAUGACCAUCUUGAUUAAUUUUCUCAUCUUUAUUCGCAUUCUUGGCAUCCUUGUGUCCAAGCUGAGGACGCGACAGCUGCGCUGCCCGGACUACCGCCUGAGGCUGGCUCGCUCCACGCUGACGCUGGUGCCCCUGCUGGGCGUCCACGAGGUGGUGUUUGCUCCGGUAACAGAGGAACAGGCCCGGGGUGCCCUGCGCUUCAUCAAGCUCGGCUUUGAGAUCUUCCUCAGCUCAUUCCAGGGCUUCCUGGUCAGCGUCCUGUACUGCUUCAUCAACAAGGAGGUGCAGUCGGAGAUCCGCCGCUGCUGGCACCGCCGUCGCCUGCGCCACAGCCUCGGGGAAGAGCAGCGCCAGCCGCCCGAGCGCGCCUCCGGGACCCUGCCCUCGAGCUCAGGCCCCUGCCGGGUCGCCCCUGACCGCGCCCUGUCCUUGGGGACUCUCCCAGGGCCUGGGGAUGAGGCCAGCCGGGCCUCGGAAAGUUACUGCUAGGCAGCGGGGAUCCUGUGUCCAUUUGAGAUCGCACGUAUUUAUUGAGUGCCUACUGUGUACCAGGCCCAGUGUGGAGGGUGCUGGAGCAACUGGGGUGCGGUGGGCGGGGGGAAACAAGGUCCCUGUUCUCCUAGAGUUCACAGUUCACAAUUGGCGGGGGGGGCAGCAAAGACAGAACAUCAAGUCAGACACACACUGUGGAAUGGCUAAUGUGGAAAAAUUAGAAGGGAGCCUAGGGUGGUCCAGGAGGGCAUCUCUCAGGAGUUGACACUUAAGCCCAUGCCUGCAAGAGGUGAAGGAGACCGCUUUGGGAAGAAGAUUCUAGGCAGAAGGAACAGCAUCUGCAAGGGCAGAAAAGCUCGGCGGUGCCUGAGGGACAGACAGGAACAGACGGUGCCAUGUGAUGGAACAGAUUACCGGGGGGCAGGACAGGCAGCUGCGGAGGGGUGUGAAGUGGUUGGAGGGGUGGGAAGUGGUCGGAUUCUGGCACUGCUCUUCUAAAGGUAGAACUGAGGAUUUGCCGUUUCGCACGAGGGAAGUGCAGCAAGAGAAGUCAAGGAAGACUCCUAGGUUUGGGGUGGUGGCAAGAGAGGGAGAUGGGGUUCAGGGUGGGGAGAGCCAGGAGUGCUCUUGGGACACGUCAGGCUGAGGAAAAGGCCCUGGAGCUCACAGGAGAGGUGAGAGAUGGAAAAGAGAAAUGUGGGGCAGCACGGGGGGGGGGAGGGGCAGAAAGGAGGACUUGGUGUGUAGACUAAACAGGAGCCAUUCAGGGCAGGACUCAGAGGAACUGGGAGAAUUGGGGAGAGGCUGACAGCCUCUAUCUGGACCACCUGUACACACACAAGACUCUCACUCCUAAAUCCAUCCCCAACUCAGAUCUACACUGAGAUUCAAUUAGUACCUGGGUGUGGUUUUCCUUAGGGUCCCCAGCCCCCUGGACACAUGUGCCCCAUAGCCCCUGAGUAGAGUCCUUCAAGCAUGGGGUUGUGCUGGGCCCCCCUCAUGGGUUGGGGCGGUGCUCUAAGGCAGGGGCCUUGUAAAUCAAGCAUGUACUUUUGUGUAUGGGAGGUGGGGGGAGGGCAUCUUCUUGGCCAGGCCAUCAGGAGAAACGAGAGGUGGGCUGUGUGCCUGUGGUGGCCUUGCAAUCUCUUCAGCCAUGUGUUGCCACAAGAACACGGGCGCUAUGCCGCCACUGGCCCCCAUGCCUAAGAGAAAUCCCUAUUGUGACUGUUCAUGUGAUCUCCCAAUACUUAACCAUUUACAGCGUAUGCAAUUAAAAUUAUGUGUGUGUGUGCCAAACAUUUUCUGAGGACUGCUUCUCUAAAAGGUAGUGUAGGAAGAGUAAGACUGCAGAAACCAGCCUGGUCCAAACUUAGUUUGGCUACUUAUUAGCUGUGUGACUUGGGAGAAAUUCCUGACUUCUCUGUGCUUCAGUUCCCACUUCUGGAAAAAUGGGUAUAAUGACGGUGUCUACAUCCUAUGGUUGCAAGAUUCCGGUGAGUUAUUCUUAAGGUAGUUCCUGGUGCACGGUGCAUGCUUUUCCUGCAUUCUCUGCUUUCCCUUUCACGCAAUGAAGGAAGAGGUGAUUACAAACACUUAGGCAGGGGUGGGUGAAGACGUGAGGAAAUUCAGACUGAUGCCAAGCAGGGUGCCUGAGGCUGGAAUUUGUGCUGCCAGCCCGCAGGGCAGGGAAAACCAAUUCCCACUUCUUGGGGAGGCUAGGUCAACAAGAAGGGGGAGGCAGGGCAGGGAUCUGAAGCCAGGACUGAUUCCAGGGCUUGUGCUGUCCUAGCUCCUGCACAAGAAUUGAAUCCUUGCAGGGGCGGGGACUGGGACAGGAGUAUCUCCUGCAGCAGCACCACUGCUCCCACAUUACAAGUAACUUGGCUCCAUCAUUUCCUGAGUGACCCUGGGCAAGUCGCUUACCCUCUCUGGGCCUCAGCCCGUCUCAUCUGUAAGAUGGGAUGGCUCUAGUAUCUACCCGCCAGAUGACUGUUCCCGCUAGAUGUGGGCCACUCAGUAAACGUGCACCUUUAUAACCUCACAGCUGUUGUCCUGUGUCAAGCCUUCUCCUCCUACAGGGUCCCUUGCUCUGUCACUAAUGGACUCAUGGACUAACUCAGGGUGUGUCUUCCGCAACUCAGCGUAUCAGACAUCUCAUUUUAUCCUGAUCUGAGGCCUGCAAACUCCUGCACCCACCUGGUGUUUGGUCUUAUCUGGAGAACAGAGUAAGAGAUGCAAGCAGAGACAGAACAGAGAGACAUGGGUUGGGGACAGCACAAUGUGUGCGCAUCAGAGCAAGACCAGGAUCUUCCUUACCCCCCCCAGGUGCCAGGUGGACGCACGUGAGGACAGGAUGGAUUGGCUCACUCCACAAGCACUUGCAAUGAAUAAAGCAAAGAAGCAAAGAGAGGAUAACCCUGCCCUGAUGGGGUCUGCGUUCUGGUGAGGAGAGAAGAAUGCUAAGCAAGUCAACAGACUGACCUGAAACACUUGUCAGAUUAUGUUACUUGCUACGAAGAAAAAUUAAAGCCAGGCGAAGGGACAGAAGGAUGGAAGGAAAUGUUACCGAGUAGCAAGAAAAACAAAAUAGUUAAGAGCAGGGAAGGUCUGUGCCUUGCUAUGGAGUAGUAUCCACGAGAAGCUACUGAGUGACAAAUGCCAAGUACUCAAGGAAAGUGAUUCUUUUGAGGGGAAGAAAGCGGGUAGGAGAAGCAUCGAUACUGCCCACUUGCUUGUACAAUACAGAAUCCUGGAAGACAUUCAGAGACGGGGGGCGGUGGGGUGACCUGGGUAGACUGGGGACAGGAUGGAUGGAAAGUUUUCAUCAGACUGCUAUUACUGUUUUUGGGAAUCCUGCGAAUACAUUAGCAAUUCAGAGAAAAAUAAGUUAAAAAAAAAAAAAGAAGUAGCGUACCAAUAUAGAAACAUUUCCAAGAUAUAUUAAGUGAAAAAGCCAAGGUCUAAAACUGUGUGAUGUGCCCUUAGCAGUGAUUUAAAAAUAAAGAAAAGCACCCUCCUCCGUCUGUUGGUCUGAUGUCACGUGAGGAGACAGACCUACGGAAUUCGCCAUGGAGGGAUUCCUGGGGAGUGCCACUGGCGGGCAGGGAGCAAAGACUUGCUCUUCAUUGGGUGCUUUUGUUUCUUUUGAAUUUUGUCUCAACUGCAUGCACUGCUCACCCAAGAAAGUAACAUAAUUAAUACAGUAAGUAAGGGGGUUAAGAAUGCUUUAGAGGACCUGCAGGGAUGUUCUCAGACCACUGACACAGUGUGAAAAACAAGAUGCAGAAGAGCAGCACAUGAAAGAUUUAAUCUUAAAAACAAUUAAAUUUGGGCCCCUGGGUGGCCCAGUAGGUAAGCGUCUGCCUUUGGCUCAGGUCAU